GAUCUCUUCCCCUUUGCUUGUAGCACUGAGAAUCAAUGCCUCCGAAGUUUGAUCCCAACCAGGAGAUCACCGUGAUCGUGCGUGCAGUCGGUGGUGAGGUCGCGGCCACGGCUUCCCUGGCCCCGAAGGUCGGCCCCCUCGGUCUCAACGCCAAGAAGAUUGGUGAGGAUAUUGCCAAGUCCACCAAGGACUGGAAGGGUCUGAAGGUCACUUGCGAGCUUCGUGUGAAGAACCGCGUGGCGACAGUAAUGGUGACCCCUUCGGUUGCUUCCCGCCUCAUCCGUGCCCUCAAGGAGCCACCGCGCGACCGCAAGAAGGUCAAGAACAUCAAACACAACGGCAACAUCGCAUUCUCUGAGAUCCUCAAGAUCGCGAAGGAGGCGCAACCGAAGUCGAUGGGCGCGAACAUGAAGUCCGUUGUGAUGGAGGUGCUCGGCACCGCCGUCUCCAUCGGCUGCACGGUCGACGGCGAGAGCCCAACGGAGAUCCAGAACAAGGUCCGGGAGGGAAAGCUUAAGGUUCCGAACUAAUUUUGUUUUACUUAAAUAAAUACUAAUCAUUUCCCCACAGUGUA